GGUUCCAGAGACGUCGUACUUUGGUCAGUGUUGUUUCGGCCGGGACAGACUUCUUUUUUGUGGGUAGACGACUUCGGUGUUCGAUGAAUCGCAACUGAAUCUCAUUACCUUGGAAAUGCAGUCCAGUCUACUAGUACGAGUCUUAUGACCACAGUAAUCCCAACUCAUGGAUUUGCAGUCUACUAUGACCAUUGAACAGAGGGAUUACAUCGCCUUGGAAUCGCAGCACUCUUUUGUGACUAGAGCCGUAUCAUGUCAACCGCUCAUCUGAGCAAGUAUAUUGGCAAAAUCUCAAAUCGAAUAUGUGCCUUGGCAUGCACUCAUGCUUCAAAGUCACCUGCCAGCAAGGUCACGCAAAUGUUUAUAAGCCUACCAACCCACCUUUUGUACCAAACUUGCUACAAGCUUUGUGCUUGCAAAAGAAAGAAGAGGAAGAUACUAUCAUGUUAGAACCAGCUACCUGCAAUCCCCACAUGAAUCUGUGCUUCAAAUUCAGUUCAAGAGGAUGAGGCUGCUGAUUGUAAAUGGCCUGAGGUUCAGGCACCUCAGCCUUGCGAUCUUGGCCAUCUGCGCUGUGUUUCUGCUUUGGAAAUGGGAGAAGGGAUCACUGUACAGCCCUGAUCUCCUCCGGCCAGAGCCAUUGGUCUUGAAUCGGAAUACCUCCAUGGAUGAAGGUUCCUCUAGCGGCAAUCCGUUGGUGAAGUCAAUUGCUGAAGUAGGUAAGGUAGUUACUGCUGCACCUCCACCUCUGACCAUAAUUCACGAUGCCAAAGAUGCCACUGGUAAAAAGGAAACAUCGCCUUCAGAGAAGAAAGGAUGUGACUACAGGAAUGGAGGAUGGGUUCCUGAUGAUCGCAGACCAUUGUAUUCUGGUCUCAAAUGUAAACGAUGGCUCUCUGAGAGCUGGAACUGUAAAUUGACACAGCGCAAAGAUUUCACUUAUGAGAAAUUUAGAUGGCAGCCUGAAAGCUGCGAGAUGCCAAUGUUUCAAGCUGCCCAAUUCUUGAGAAGAAUGCAGGAUAAAACCAUAGCUUAUGUAGGCGACUCUUUAGGGAGACAGAUGUUCCAAUCGAUGAUGUGCAUGGUUGCAGCAUCUGGGAAAGAUCAUUCAGAUGUGGAAGAUGUUGGCUCCAACUACGGAUUAGCCCUCGCACGUCGUGCAAAACGACCAGGUGGCUGGGCCUACCGAUUCCGAAGCACGAACACAACCAUCCUAUAUUACUGGUCAGCAACGCUCUGUGAUCUAGAGCCUCUCAGGCUCUCAAAUCCAGCUGCCGGUUAUGCCAUGCACCUUGAUCGCCCGCCUUCGUUUCUCAAAAAGAACCUUCAUAGGUUCCAUGUUCUGGUUCUGAACACAGGGCAUCAUUGGAACCGGGGUAAGCUCAAGGCAAACAAGUGGGAAAUGUAUGUCUCUGGAGCACCAAAUAUCAACGGAAAGAUUGCCGUUAUCUGGAAGGCGAAAAACUUCACUGUACAUAGUGUUAUGAAGUGGCUGGAUGGCCAGCUUCCUAGCUACCCGCACCUGAAGGUCUUCUACAGGUCACUGUCACCAAGGCAUUUCUUCAACGGGGAGUGGAACACCGGAGGCACUUGUGACAACAAGGCUCCUUUGUCCAAGGGCAACACGGUGUUUCAGAAUCAUUCUGAAGAUGCCGACGCUGAGGGAGCAGUCAAAGGAACCAGGAUAAAGCUCUUGGACAUCACUGCACUUUCUCGUCUAAGGGAUGAAGGGCAUAUAUCAAGGUACAGCAUCAGAGGUACAACAGGGGUCCAAGAUUGCCUCCAUUGGUGCCUUCCUGGUGUUCCAGACACUUGGAAUGAGAUCCUGGCUGCUCAGCUGUAGGCAGUAUGCUGCCGCCAGGGUACGCGAAGAGGUUUAUAUUGAGCAUAGCUUUUACUAUUGAGAAGCUCGUCAUCAUGUAACACCAUGUAUGCAAGCACAAUUGAAGAACAUUCUUUUCAUGUAAAAUUACAUACGGUAAUACAGUUCAAGAACAUUGUUUUCAUGUAAAAUUACAUCCGGAAAUACAGUUCAACAACAUUCGUUUCAUGUAAAAUUACACCCAGUAAUACAGUUCAACAACAUUCUUUUUGAUCA